CCUACACGCUAGCCAUUACCUCCCCAUCAUAACAAUAUAUUUUUAUUGUUUGGGAUGACAUGGGAAAAGAAAAUGAGAGUGGAAGAGGCUGUUGUUUUUUAAUCUGUAUUUAGCCACUUACAUUUUGUGCUGGAAGAGCUCAAAAAGUUAAGAGGAAACGACUGCUCUAAAAUGUUAGGUAUCGUCACUUUUUGUAGAACUAUAGCUUCUGGUUUUAUUUUUAUACUGAGUAGUUUCCCCUAAUGUAGAACAUUAGUAGGCAUCUGGACAUUCAUGGCAGUAAAGCUGUCUGGUAACUACUGGUUUUGCCUUUUCUUCAUUCUACUGUGAAUGAAGCCCUCUUUCCUAAUGCUGAUUCAUAUAAGACAGCUUGAUAUAUAUGUUUAUUUUCAUUAUUAGAAAUUGAGGGAAAUUUCUUUGUCAGACAACAUGUAAUGAAAGCAGAAUGAGACUUUUUGGUGAUAAAGACUACUGAUAGUAUCAGUAGAGAACAUAUAUAUUCAUUCAUUCAUUCAUUCAUGUGACUUCACUGUUAUCCAUUGGGAUUUGACAAAGGAUAUGGACAACUUCCAUUUAUACACCCUUUUCCUUUAUCAUGGGCUGAUCUCCUGAUAGGCAAUAAAACCAUCAAAAGUAUGAAUGGGUCCGCUUGCUAAUGUCAUUUCAAACAGCCCUCUUAGCAGCAGCAUACAUUUUGAAACAGGCUGGAACAGCCGUUUGGGCCAUCAGCUUGAGUGCAGCCUACUAGCCAGCCACUCAUGACAAACCACCAGGGCUUUGAUAAACCCCUGACGUAAAGCUUAUGUUGGUCUGUAAAAACGGAGAAAAGGGGUUGCCAAGCACAAAUUCUGCAGUCCAGCUUUAAAGAAAGGCAGUUAGCUGCGUAUGAGAAGAACGUGCGCCUGAGCAAGAGGAGGAUCUUCUUGGGCAGCGUGCCAGGCAUGCGUGCAGAAAAAUUCUGAUCCUAUAUGGCAGCCUAUGGAAGCUUUUCCUGGAAGCUGUGAGCGUCGAUUACAACUUUUCAGAGACGUGCCUUGUGCCUACCAAACAUAUGCUAAAGAAUGCCUGUUAACAGUGACGAGACAACUCCAGCUGGUCGCCAAGAAACUCUUCCGAUGACAGAGAGCAUCGACUGGUUACAAAGCCAAAAUGCACUGUGUAAAGUCGAUCGCUAUACCCCAAGUGAUGAAGAAGAGCAGAGCUGGACGACUGACUCAGCCAAACUUUUCCAGCAAGCUUCGUCUGAUCCACUCAAAGUCUUGAGCUGGCUCCGAAAAGAUCUGGAGAAGUGUGCAAUUGGAGUCCAGAAUGUGCUGAACAACAGUAACAAUGCUGGCGGUGCAAGUACCAGGGAGCCAUCCGCAGUGAGGCAGCCGCGGAACGUUCGUUCGCCUGGCGGCUUCAGUGUCUGCGAUGAGGAAUUCAGUGUGAAUGUCAGCUCCAACAGGGGCUCUCCCAACUUUCACUUAUCAAUGAAAGCUGCUUGUCAAAAGGAAUCAAAGGAUGAAGAAAGUGAUGGCUCUCUCUCGCCAACCACAAAUCCUGAUCCAGAUGAAGUCUCUUACUAUUGCAAUAGGCUUUCUAACCUUGCCAUAGCAAUGGCACGCAAAGAAAUGAAUGAUCACCGAUCAGAGAGCACCAACACAUGCAUACAUAAGUCAGUUUAUGCUGCUGGAGACCACAGCCACAGGUCUAUUGGGGUGGGCACAGAAGACAUGAAGCACAGUCCAUCCAAGAUGGGUGAAUGCAAAUAUGACGAGAGCCCCACUUCUAAGAAGAAAACUUUUUAUUACAAAGAAGAAAGUACAGAAACACCUAUUAAAAGUGAGCCUUUCAGGGAGGGUUGCAAAGGCUACAAACAAAAGAAACGCUUUGGUACAGAUGAGUAUACCAACUCCUUGAGCAAGGGCAUAUUGGUUUAUGCCAAUAAUGUGGUUUCAGACAUGAUGAUCUCUGUUAUGAAGACAAUGAAAGUUAAAGUGAAUGACUCAAACAUUGCAUGUGCAGUUCUGAAAAAGGUACUGCUAAAGCAUUCAAAGGAGGUUGUGUCUGACCUGAUCGACUCCUGCAUGAAGAAUUUACAUGAUGUCACUGGAACGCUUAUGACCGACUCUGACUUUGUUUCAGCAGUGAAGCGCAGCCUCUUCACUCAAGGAAGCCAAAAGGCUUCCGAAAUUGUCCAAGCCAUGCUGAACCGUUUGCACAAUGCUUUGAUUGUGCAAAAGCAGGUGAGUGAGAAGGUCAAGUCCCAGAGCAUGGCCUUUACAAGUGUCAAGACAGGGCAGGGGGCUGAUUGCAAGACUCAGAACAUGAGGUUUUCUGCCACAAAAACGGAACCAGUCAAGGAGAAGGAAGUUACUUGUGCAGAAACAGUUGGCAAUCAUAUCAUAAAGGAGGGCCUUAACAUGUGGCAUCAGAAACAACAGAAUGAGAACCCAGGAUCAAAUUGUCCACCAAAGGUCAGUGACAUACAGAAGCUUAUGGGAAAUGCCCUUUGCAGUCCAGACAAUCAAGACCUUUCUAACCUCUCAACAGAUUCUUGGGCAAGGGAUCUGAUUGUGACAGCACUGUUGCUGAUUCAGUAUCAUCUAGUCCAGCAAGAAAAUGCAGUGAAGGAUGGAGCUGAAGGUGGUAGAUCCAGCAAAGCUGGCACUUUUGGGUUUAUGUCUCAAGACAAAUGUGGCAAGCAGUUCGAUUCAUUGAAAAGUGACGAUGAACAGUGUGAGAUGAAUGCUGACAAUGACAUGUCAAGCGUUGUAGUAAUGCUUAUCCAAAAGCUUAUCAAUGAGACAGUCAACAAAUUGGGAGGAAAUGCUGGGGCUUCAAUGACAGAUGAAGCCAUCAGAAAUGCUUACAAAUGCCCUGAGGGACCAGGGCCUUCAGGCACUUCAGAAACGGAUCAUUCAUAUGAAGAUGCAAUAUCUGGAUUGACCAAAAUGAUUCUGGAUCAGUUUGAUGUCAACAGGAAAGAAGGAGGCAGCGGGCCAUUCAUUGACAAUUUGGUGGAUACGGUGACCAAGCUGUGCCUCAUGAUAGCCAAAUACAGCAAUCCUGAGUCAGGCCUUGGCGAUAUGGGAGAUGGGGAAGAUACUUGUGUGCCUAUGUACUCAAAGGGCACAGAGACGGCGGAAAGUCGAAUAGGGUCAGGUGAAGACACUGCAUCUGGCCGCAAAGUGGUUGUGACCAACCAGAAUGCUCCUGAGAACAUUCACAACAAACAGCUCCAAGCCAUCCUUCAGUGGGUGGCAGCCUCUCAGUUAAAUGUCCCUGUGCUGUAUUUCAUGGAUGAUGAUGAAGAGACCCUGAAUAAGCUUCAACAGCUCUCCAGCGUGGCAGUGGAAAGGGGCUACAGCGUCGGGGAAGUGAUGCAGGCAGUGCUGAAGUACGAGAAGGAAAGGCAGCUGGGAGAAGCACUGGGCAACUUUGUGCGGUUGCCAGUACUAGACUGGCUGCUUCACAACCUGUGAACGCAACAGCCCCUCCUGUCCUCUCUAAUGGCAGGGCUUCUCUUCCUUCACAGCACAGCCCUGUCAGCCUUAAUUACUACAGCACUCAUUUGUCAGAGAUGAUAUUGUGAGUUUUACUGACCCCGCCCCCCUGCUGAGCAGUCAAAUGAAUAAAAGAAGGAGAUACUUACA